CUUGCACAGUCCUUGCAGCAAGGCUCAGCUCUCUCGGGCUGCGAACAGCCUAUUCCGUCGCUAGUGGUCAGUAUUAUUGACGUCAAUUGGGAAACGCAGAUGUGAGCUCGGAUUUCCGCAAAGCAGCAAGAGCCGUACAGAGAGAGAGAUAGAGAGAGCGAGUAAGCGAGCUAGCAAUCUGUGUGUGUGUGUGUGUGCGGAGAGUGAGCCGGACCUGAGCCCCCACCGCCGCUCUUUAAACCACUCAUGGCUAGAAGGAGCUCGGGGUGACUGUCCGGCGAACAAACUGGCCGGCGAAUGCAGCAGCUGAGAAACCCUGCUCGCUGCCGGGGAGAAGGUAGCACACAGUCAGUCGCAGGUCGCGGACACCACCGCACUGCAGGUGGUGGAAGUCGCUGCCCGUUGGAAGCGUCUCCCGGGCGGCGCGGCGUGAGCGGACAGGACCAUCAAGGACCAUGGCCGGAGCAAGGCAUUGCAGCGACGGCAAGAUAGCCGGCCUGUACGACCUGGACAAGACUCUGGGCAAGGGCCACUACGCCGUGGUGAGGUUAGCCCGCCACGUCUUCACGGGGGAGAAGGUAGCGGUGAAAGUGAUCGACAAGACCAAGCUGGACAAGUCAGCCACGGGGCAUCUGCUGCAGGAGGUGCGCUGCAUGAAGUUGGUGCAGCACCCCAACGUGGUGAGGUUGUACGAGGUGAUCGACACCCAGACCAAGCUCUACCUGAUCCUGGAGCUGGGCGACGGCGGGGACAUGUUCGACUACAUCAUGAACCAUGACAGGGGGCUGUCGGAGGGACAGGCCAAGGUCUACUUCGCCCAGAUCGUGCACGCCAUCUCCUACUGCCACAAGUUGCAUGUGGUGCACCGCGACCUCAAGCCGGAGAACGUGGUCUUCUUCAAGGAGCAAGGGGUGGUCAAGCUGACCGACUUCGGCUUCAGCAACCGCUUCCAACCCGGCAAGAUGUUGACCACCAGUUGUGGCUCGCUGGCCUACUCUGCGCCGGAGAUCCUCCUGGGAGAUGAAUACGAUGCUCCUGCCGUGGAUAUCUGGAGUCUGGGAGUGAUCCUGUACAUGUUGGUGUGUGGAUGCCCCCCUUUCCACGAGGUGAACGACAGCGAGACCCUCACCAUGAUCAUGGACUGCCGCUACACGGUCCCCCAGCACAUCUCUGCUGACUGCAGGCAUUUGAUCUCCAGGAUGUUGCAGAGGGAGCCGAGGAAGCGAGCAUCUCUGGAGGAGAUCGAGGACCACCCGUGGCUUCAAGGCGUGGACCCCUCGCCUGCUAAGAAACUGCCCCUCACCUCCUACAAGAGCCUAUCUGAGGAAGAGCACAAGAUCAUUAUCCAGGCCAUGGAGUGCGGCAACAUUGCACCCCGGGAGCUGAUCCAGGAGGCUCUAGAAGCUGACAAGUACAACCACAUCACGGCCAGCUACUUCCUGCUGGCGGAGAGGAUCCUACGAGAGAAGCAGGAGAAACAGACCCAGAGUCGGAGCCUUAACCUGGACUACAACUGGCCUUCCCACGUGCCGUGCAGGUCAUCCCUGUCAGCGACAGAUGGCAGCUUUGGAGAUGCCACUGACGGCAGCACCUUGAGUGAGACGCACAAUGGGUUUUCGCUGAAGCACUCGGCAGACGUGAAGGGACCGGCGAAGAAGAUGGCGGACAAGACUGAGGGCUGCAGCGCGAAGGACAUCGUAAAGCUGGCGAGCAGCGCGGAGGACGGGCCGUCGCCCAUGAGAAUCCUCCUGCGCUCUUCGCUGGAGGCGUCCGUCAUGCCCAAGAACGUGUCGGCGCUCCAGCAGAUCAGCGAGGAAGAUGAAGAGGAAGAGGAGGAGGAGGAGGAGGUGGUUCGUGUGGAGGUGAAAGCUGCGCCGAGACUGAGUGUGAGGGAAGCUCCAUGCGGAGGAGGCCUAACCCGUGAGGACGGCGGCGGCGGCGGCGGCGCCAUCUUGGGCCUUCCCGCCAAGGACAAGAAGCCGGGCGCUGGCGCUGGCGGUGACGGCAAACUCCUGCGGGAGGUUUGGAGCUGCCAGCGGGCCGCCGAGGUCAGCAGCUCCUCGGUGGAAGUGAGGGCUUCGGCGGCGGGGCCGCUCUGUUGCAGUCGGUGGGCCGGCAAAUCGGAGCCGCUGCCGCAUUACUUCGGCAAUCGGCCGAUCAACCUGAUGAACGAGAGCAACAACAACAGCACCACCACCACCAGCAGCAAAGGGCCGCUGCUGCAGGUCAGCGACAUCAGUGUGGAGAAGCCACCCCCUUGCCCGCACACUCGCCAAUGCCCCGAUGGCAGAGUCACCCAACUCACUCUACCCGCCCAGCCCAACCCUGACUUACCGCUGCCGCUUAACAAAUGUGAAGGCCCAAGAGCCGAAAGCCCAAAGCACUUGAUUGAUCAAAUAGCUGAGAACAGUGGCUUAUCAAACGACAGUGCCUGCUCUGACAGCAGUGCGGACCCUGUGAAUAAACUCGACACUGCCCGGUCAAAGAAUGUAAAUAUUAGGGACAGGAUACUGCAGAUCCCCCUCUGUGAGAAAGCGCUUUCCUUUAAGAUCAAGCCAAACUCCAAAGAGAAUCUCCUCUCUUUCGGACAGUUCAACUGUUGUCAUGUGAUUUAGGGAUUUUUUUUUUUUAGGAAAAGAAGGAAAACUGAUGUACUUUGGGGUGUGCGGGUGUCUGCACACACUCUGGUUGUAAAUAUGUAUCAUCUUUGUCAGAAAAGGGGGUGGCACUGUGGUAAGGGGUUGGAAAGGAUGGCCUUAUGGAGGUUACUCCUGGCUGUUCCCUCCCUGAGGGCAGUCUGACCCACUGCCGGGGGUCUGGGCGUGCACUGUGCGUGAUUCCCCAACCAUUUUGAGGUGGAGAUGGCUCAAUGCACACCCAGAGCGACGUUGUGGGUCUAGACUUCCCAACAAAAGCGUGGUUGGAAUAUCAGCUCUUUUCAUUCUAACUAAAAUAACGGGUAUAAGCUAAAUUUAAAAAAAAAUUGGUGUUCCUGUCUGGGUUGUAACAAGGUGCAGAGGGGAGUCUUCGCAUUUUAUAAUGUAUUUUAGAACAUCUGAUUUGUGAAAACCAUCCCGUCCAUAUUGGGACCCAAGUAGAUAGUUAUGUGGUGUUUGUACGCUUUAGGCACAGACCCAGGUUCCCACCUUACACUUCCAGAUGUGUUCACCAUUAGUUGAUGAAGAGUUGUUAUUUGCAAGAUCUACUCCUUACAUUAUUGUACACUGACACCAGCUUUAGCCCUGUGACAGCGACGGCUGAUGCGGGCACAUAUUAAGUGUACCUCUUUCAUUGUCACCUUUAUAUUAAAAAGAACCUAGUGUGUUUGCAGAAUAA